UUGAAAAAAACAUAGAGAGGCUUCUUCCUCUCAUAUACAUCUCAACCGCAUACAUAUAGUUCCCAGAAUAUCAUCAUGUCUGAGAAUAGCAUUUUGCAUGCAACUAAGAGCAAGUGGAAGAUGCCUCUCUUUGUUUUCUUCAAAGACGCAAGACUUGUUUUCAAGCUGGAUUCUCUUGGAAAGGAGAUAUUAGGAAUUGCAUUCCCAGCUGCUCUGGCUGUUGCUGCUGAUCCCAUUGCUUCUCUCAUUGACACUGCAUUCAUAGGCCACUUAGGACCUGUGGAGCUUGCUGCUGCAGGAGUUUCUAUCGCAUUGUUCAACCAAGCUUCAAGGAUCACCAUAUUUCCUUUGGUGAGUAUAACAACUUCCUUUGUUGCUGAGGAAGAUACCAUCGGAAAAGUUCAAGAAGCAGAGAAGAGCUUGACCGUUAGCCGUACUAAGUCUAGAGAAGCAAUCUUGCCUGAGGAUGAUGAUUCUCUUCAAGACUUGGAAAAAGGGUCAUUUAAAGACAGCACUGAGAGUCUCGGGAAAUCUUCAUCUGAAAACAGUGACAUGAAAGAUUUCUCUAUGCAGAAAAAUUCUGCACUAGACAAUAUGGGAACAGAUGCUGCUGGUAAAAAUGAUACAAAUUGUGAAGAUGAUACAAACUCAAACAAAUGCAAGUCUUCUUCUGUUGUUAGUGAUAGUAGGAGUAAGGCAAAUACUGGAAUCAAGAAAAGGAGAAACAUUGCUUCAGCAUCAACAGCUUUACUUUUUGGUACAAUUCUUGGCCUGCUUCAAGCUGUAACUCUUAUAUGUGCAGCAAAACCUCUAUUAGGUGUGAUGGGGUUGAAACAUGAUUCUCCAAUGUUAGUCCCAGCAAUAAAAUACUUGAGAUUGAGGUCACUAGGAGCUCCUGCGGUUCUUCUCUGCUUGGCCAUGCAAGGAAUCUUCAGAGGCUUCAAGGAUACAAAAACUCCUUUAUAUGUCAUUGUUUUGGGAUAUGCUGUAAAUAUCACUUUGGACCCACUACUUAUAUUUAAGUGUAAGUUAGGACUCAGAGGUGCAGCCAUCGCACAUGUUCUAUCCCAGUACAUGAUGGCAGUAGUCCUCUUUUUGAUACUAAUGAAGAAAGUAAAUCUCUUACCUCCCAGUAUUAAGGAUCUGCAGAUUUUCAGGUUUCUUAAAAAUGGAGGGCUGUUGUUAGCAAGAGUGGUGGCAGUAACAUUCUGUGUAACUUUGGCAGCCUCGUUGGCCGCAAGACUUGGUUCAAUUCCCAUGGCUGCGUUUCAAACCUGCCUUCAAGUCUGGUUGACAUCUUCCCUUCUUGCUGAUGGUUUAGCUGUUGCUGUACAGGCAAUUCUAGCUUGUUCCUUUGCUGAGAAAGACUACGGCAAAGCAACAUCUGUUGCAACCAGAGUACUACAGAUGGGUUUUGUUCUGGGAUUAGGGCUUUCUCUAUUAGUUGGGGUUGGUUUGUACUUUGGAGCAGGAAUCUUUUCCCAAAAUGUUGAUGUUCUGCACCUCAUCAAAAUAGGCCUUCCGUUUAUUGCAGCCACACAACCAAUCAAUUCAUUAGCCUUUGUGUUUGAUGGGGUCAACUUUGGAGCAUCUGAUUUUGCGUAUUCUGCGUACUCCUUGGUCAUGGUGUCAAUAGCAAGUGUUAUCUCGUUACUCCUUCUCUGUAAGAGCAACGGUUUCAUUGGAAUAUGGAUUGCACUAACCAUCUAUAUGAGUCUACGCAUGUUUGCUGGUAUUUGGAGGAUGGCGACAGGAACAGGACCUUGGCAUUUUCUUAGGAGACGCUCGCUGCCUUAGGUGAUUAGAAUGAGGGAUUUGUGUCACUUUUUUUCUCUUCAUUAUGAUCCCUCUCCGUAGGUUUUGUUUUGUUUUGUUUUUUCGGCAUACAUCUCUGUUCAUCUCAGUGUUGUGAUCAUUUUAGGUCAUGGGUUUGAAUUAUUUCAGAGUAUUUCGUCGAAGUGUAUCCCACUCACAGUGAUUCUGUGGUAUCAAAUCGAAUAUAUA